CACUUCUUUACGCAGAUACCACAACCGAUACAUAAAAACUCAGAGAUGAACGCUAUCUUAUCGGUCGAUUUUACUUCUAUGCAAAGUUUACCUGGAAGGAAAAUUAGCAUGAGGACCCUGCCUUGGUGCGUCACCUUCUUGCAUUCCUGGGCACAUCGCUUUGGCUUGCAGCGAUUUGCGUCUACGAUGGCGAUACGGGUGAUUUUAUCAGCCAUCGUU